UUUGCUCUGCUCAUUCGUUCCCCACGUUCUGUCUUGUUCUGCUGUCAUCCAGUCCUUUUGAAAACAAUCGUGAAAACGUGUUCGCGAUUAGUUCCUGAUCGCGCAUCGAAAACUGUUUUUUGGUCCGUAAAAAAUGGCUCUCAAAGCCUUAAAAUGCCGCUCUUCCAAGCGACAAAAAGCCUCGCUUCGCUACAAGAAAAUCAAAAAGAUUGCCGCUAGUAAAAAGAAGAAGGAGAAGGAGGCCAAGAAGCUGCCCAAGUUGCGGUCCAAGAAGCAGAAGUUGAUCCAAGUGCCGAAUGUGUGUCCCUUCAAGAGGGAAAUUCUGGACGAGGUUGCCGAGCACAAGCAGUUCCAGGAACGGGAAAAGGAACGCAAGAAGGAAUUGCAGAAGCAGCAACGACAGUCCGCACUGGAGGGACAGACAAUGGAAUCGAUAGCGGCGGAUGCCGAGCGACGUGGCCAGCAGUUCGACCCGACAAAGGCCGAGCCUGUGGAGGAAGAAUACGUCAAUGUGGGCAGAGGGAAGGAUUGGUCCUUGAAGGCGUAUUUCAAAGAGUUCAAAAAAGUGAUUGACGCCGCGGAUGUGAUUCUGGAAGUGGUUGAUGCUCGGGAUCCGUUGGGGACGAGAUGCUCAGAGGUGGCUCAAAUAGUGCGAGAAGCACCCGGUCAGAAGAGGUUGGUACUGAUACUGAACAAAGCGGAUUUAGUCCCGAGAGAAAAUUUGGAAAAGUGGAUGAAAUAUUUACGCAAAAGUGGUCCAGUUAUUCCGUUCAAGGCCACCACACAAACACAGAAGCACCGGAUCGGAAAUAGGAAAUUCAAAGCCUCAACUACACUGGAAUGCUCGCCUUGUAUCGGGGCAGAUUUGCUGAAGGAGUUGUUGGCAAACUACUGCCGAAGCGAUGAUAUACGAACGUCCAUCCGAGUCGGAAUUGUUGGUCUUCCAAACGUGGGCAAGAGCUCAUUGGUCAAUUCAUUGAAGCGUAAACGAGCCUGCCUGGUCGGGGCAAAGCCCGGUAUCACAAAGCAGAUGCAGGAAGUGCAAAUAGAUUCACAUGUCAAGCUUCUGGACAGCCCCGGUAUCAUCUUUCAGCGUCCCAAAGACCAAGACCGGAAUCGAUUCUUCGCACUACGAAAUGCUCAAAAAGUUACAGAAAUCGAAGAUCCUUUCCCAUUGGCCGAGGACAUUCUCAAACGUGGAACCAUGAGCUACUUCUGCAAGUUGUACGACAUUUCGGAGUUCCAUUCGACGGACGAAUUCCUAGCGAAAAAAGCCAUCAAAAUGGGUUCCUUAGCGAAGAGGGGUGUGCCUGACGUGAGGAAAGCCGCUCGUACUUUGAUCGAAGACUGGAACUGUGGAAAAAUCAAGUACUGCACUCACCCUCCUGAGGAGGGUGAAGAAGUCCACUUAAGUGCCCAACUCGUGUCGUCCGACGCCCCGGAAUUCAACUUGGAAAAUUUCGCCAACGUGCUACAAGCUCUUGGCACUGAGUACGAAGAAAGUUUCAAAAUGAAAGACAGCGACAGUGAAGAAAUGGCCGUUAUUUCCAAGGAUGAGAUCCUAACGAUGGAGCUGGACUCGCAAGGGCCGGUCAAUAUGGAACUUUCGCUGGAUGAUCAGAAGAGCAAAGCUCUGGAGAAACUCAUAUCCAAUUCCGGCAGAAUAGUCGAGGAGGAUGACGAGAGUACAACGCCCGGCAAGGGCAAAAAACGUAAAGUGAAUGACUAUGCCGAAGAGGAAAAGAAGUUCCGAAAGGAUCCAAUGUUUCAAAUCGAAGGUAAUCAGACGGUGAACAAGAACCGAAAGGCAGCACUGAAGGCGAAGAAAAAGGCAACGGCACGGAGCGAAAAUAAGAUGGCCGAUGUGGCGGAUGAGUUAGAGUCGAUUUCGCUGGGUGGCAUCGCCAAGAAGAAGAAGGCCGGUGGUGCCGGAGAUGAUUACGAUUUCGAUGUAAUGAUGUGAAAAAUUAGGGAUGAAGUCGUAGUUUUAUUGUUGCGCGGAUGUAUCUAGCAAUGAUGUGGUGUAUGAUACGAUUUAAAUAUGCAAUAAACCAUAUUUAAAAAGCGAAA